AUGGGAGCUUGUUUUUCUUGUAACUCAUCCUCCACAUUAAAGAAUAUUCGUGUUGUUCAUAUGAAUGGUUUUGUAGAGGAUUUUGAGCAACCAAUUUCAGUGAGGCAAGUUAUUGGGUACCCCUCAAAACAAUUUGUUUGCACUUCCACUCAGCUUCUUUCCACUUCCUCAAAAUCAAUGAAUGGAGACACACACCUCCAACCUGGGCAAGUGUAUUUCAUGCUGCCAUACUCAGUACUACAAGCUGAUGUUUCGCCUUUGGACCUGGCUGGCCUUGCAAAGAGACUCAACGCAAUAGCCAAAGCAGGUCCUUUGUCGAACCAAAAUCAAACAGGUUGGUGUUCACCUUCUAGCAGUCCCGGCAAAGUUGGUGUGGCAGAGCAAUAUGGUGUUGCUAAGAUGAAUAUUGGUGGAAGAAGCCCUUGUAAAUUGCAAUGGAAACCUAUCUUGGACACCAUAUCAGAGAAGCCAUUCCAUAGGAGGAGUGAAUCAGAUUGGCAAGAAAGUUACUUGGAAGACCUUGCAGUAACCAGAUAA